AAGACUUCGCACCACCCUCCUCAUCGCUACUAUCUGGAUUGUUCUCCCCAACGCCCGUCAAGUCCCAUAUAGCCCUCCAUUAUUAUCACGCAAGUCUGGCAGCUGACGCUACAGGCGACGUGAUAGUAGGUUCAGUGGAUGGGGCACCAGAUAUGCGGUCUACUUGGAGGCAACUCGUUGGGAGCUUUGGCUUCGCUCUCGACUGUGGGAACGGCAAUGGACAGCUCCGCGUCUGUAAGGCGGAUAGUGUCGGCUUCGGGGAGUGCGGAGCGGUGCGUGGGAAAGGUCCAGUGGAUGAUCUUGUGGGCGCUUUUGCUCCAUUGGAAGUCUGCGCCGUUGGCGCCUCAGGAAAGGCAGAGAUUAGCGUUAGUACUUUGCUGUAUGUAUUCCAUGGCGAGCGAUGCCCCUACGGUGAAUUGUUCGAUAGCUUGUGUUCCGUAGUCAUUAAUACAGGGUGCGCUAAGGGGUGUGUCUUGAACGUUGGGCAGAACUAUGCAGUGUGUUUACCGUUGCGAGAGAUUCAUGUACUUGAUUACGCGGAGAUGAAGGGGUGGCUUCAACCUUUGGUGUUUUGGGCGCAUCUCCACAGUAGGAUUGCACAUGGCGGUGUCAUGCACAGCCUAUUCAGCCCACGAGCUCGUAACUCACGACCAAUGCUCGUUGUUCGCAAGGUCAUAGUGGACCGACUUUUGGCACCCUUCUGUCCAUGUGCUGCGUUUUGCCGCGACUUGCAAAGGGCGCAAAGUGCGCAAGUAUUACAUUUGAGUAGCGGUCCGACGGUGGGCGGUUGGUGGCAGACCCUUACAUGGUCCGGCUGAAGGCGUCGUUCAGGGCGCGCGAGAUGGUGGUGUUCUGGAGCGUUGCAUCGUCUUGAGCACCGGGCCAGGGACAACCUGGUGGCAGGUGUGAUGCAGAGAGUUUGGGGAAUGAGGGCAGAGUAAUUGCUCGCAGCGCUUGGCGAACGCUGGACGAUCAAUGGGUGGG